UAUCCCUUUUUCUCAUCCAAGAGCUCCAGACGAGAGUGGAAGCCUCUCGAGGAUCGCAGCUGCACAGAUAUACCAUGGCUGUUACUGUUUGUCCUCUUUUGUGUUGGAAUGGGUUUUAUUUGUGGUUUUUCAAUCGCUACUGGAGCAGCUGCAAGAUUGGUUUCAGGAUAUGACAGCUACGGAAAUAUCUGUGGACAGAAGAAUGUAAAGGUGGAUGGAAUAGUCAAUAGCGGUUUGGACCUCACAGAAAAGAAGUAUGUGUUCUUUUUGGAUCCAUGCAAUGUAGACCUGGUAAAUCGGAAGAUCAAAUCCAUUGCCCUGUGUGUUGCAGCUUGUCCACGGAAAGAGCUAAAAACUUUGGUUGAUGUUCAGAAAUUUGCAGAAACAAAUGGCUCCAAUUUAUGUAGCUAUGAAAUACAGCCAUCUGAGUACACUAGAGAUUCGCAGGCCUCUACGCUCUGCCCCAAGCUCCCAGUUCCAGAGAGUGCACCUAUUCCAUUCUUCCAUCGCUGUGCUCCUGUGAACAUUUCCUGCUAUGCCAAGUUUGCAGAGGCCCUGAUCACCUUUGUCAGUGACAGUAGUGUCUUACACAGGCUGAUUAGUGGAGUUAUGACCAGCAAAGAGAUUAUAAUGGGACUUUGCUUGUUAUCACUAGUGCUGUCCAUGAUUUUGAUGGUGAUUAUCAGGUACAUUUCAAGAGUACUGGUUUGGAUCUUAACAAUUCUUGUCGUUCUGGGAUCACUUGGUGGCACGGGAGUACUGUGGUGGCUGUAUGCUAAGCAAAGAAAGUUGGAUGAUGAAACUCUUUCUGCUGAUCAGCUUCAAGUAGCCAAAGACAAUCAUCAGGCCCUCCUGGUCUAUGCCAUUUCAGCUACUGUCUUCACGGUUAUCUUGUUCUUGAUAAUGUUAAUUAUGCGCAAGCGAGUAGCUCUCACCAUUGCCUUGUUCCACGUGGCUGGCAAGGUUUUCAUUCACCUGCCACUGCUAGUCUUCCAGCCCUUUUGGACUUUCUUUGCCCUCAUCCUGUUUUGGAGCUACUGGAUCAUGGUCCUGCUUUUCCUUGGCACUACAGGUAGCCCUGUCUCAAAUGAACAAGGAUUUGUGGAAUUCCGGGUUUUGGGUCCUCUGAAAUACAUGUGGUGGUACCAUGUUGUAGGACUUAUCUGGAUCAGUGAAUUUAUUCUAGCGUGUCAACAGAUGACUGUAGCUGGAGCUGUUGUGACGUACUAUUUUACAAGGGAGAAAAGGAAUCUGCCAUUUACUCCUAUUCUGGCAUCAGUAAAUCGCCUUAUCUGUUACCACCUGGGAACAGUGGCAAAAGGUUCUUUCAUUAUCACAUUAGUGAAGAUCCCACGGAUGAUCCUAAUGUAUAUUCAUUCCCAACUCAAAGGAAAAGAAAAUGCCUGUGCUCGAUGUAUGCUGAAAGCUUGCAUCUGUUGCCUUUGGUGUCUGGAAAAGUGCCUGACUUACUUAAAUCAGAAUGCAUAUACAGCCACAGCUAUCAAUAGCACCAACUUCUGCACCUCAGCAAAGGAUGCCUUUGUCAUUCUGGCCCCUGCCAUAAAUACAGUUGGAGACUUCAUGCUGUUCCUGGGAAAGGUCUUGAUUGUUUGCAGCACAGGCUUGGCGGGGGUUAUGCUGCUGAACUACCAGCGGGAUUACACAGUGUGGGUGCUGCCUCUUAUCAUCGUCUGCCUCUUUGCUUUUCUGGUUGCCCACUGCUUCCUGUCGAUUUAUGAAAUGGUCGUGGACGUCCUCUUCUUAUGUUUUGCCAUUGAUACAAAAUACAACGAUGGAAGCCCCGGUAGAGAAUUCUACAUGGAUAAAAUUCUCAUGGAGUUUGUGGAGAACAGCAGAAAAUCAAUGAAAGAAGCUGGCAAGGGAGGUGGAGCUGAAGGCAGAGAGCUAAAACCAAUGGCCUCUGGAGCAAGUUCAUCUUGAAACUAGCCAGCCAUUAUGGAACCCAUUGACAUUCCAAAACAAUAUAUAUAAAUAAGCAGCCAAAAUCAGAAAAGGAACAGGGAUUUAAUACUUUUUUUAACGAUUAUUUUUGUGAAACAUGUACUCUUUUCAUACGGGUGGCUUUUACAAGCAACUUUAUCAUUGUUCCGUUUUUUAAUCAUUGUGGUCAUGGAAAUGUUAAGAUUCUUAUCUGAUUAAGAUACAAUCUAGAGGAGGAAUCACUUAUUUAAAAAAAAUUAAAUCAAUACAGUGGGUUAGAGUAUCAGAUUUAUCAGGUGUCCCUCAAAAUUGAAAUGUAAUGGAGAAUUAUGUUUAAAUCAACUCAUUUAGGAUUUUAUAGUUAAACUCAAAUAUAUCAGACUUCUGAGGAGAUGCUUCAGAUUUAAAAAAAAUCAAAUUGUAGGUGUUUUAAAAAGAGUUUCAAUGAGAGUCAUAAUUAUAACUCAUUUGCAGUCAGUCCUUGUACCCACCAGCUCCAAUGGGGUCUAGUGGCGUUGCACGUUCAGUUUUGUUUAUAAAGUUCAGCUAUCAAAAUAACCAACUCCUCAGGUAUUUAAAUGUGGGAGCCCCUGCAUUUCUAUGAAAGAGAAACUAGAAAAUGGGAAAGGAUGAGUUUUAUAUGCAACUGUUUUCCAUUUUAUUUUUAUUUUUCUCUUUGAGUUCAGUAGCCUCCCUUGCACUUCAGUAAGGCUCCUUUGGAGGGUAUGGAUUCUUCACAAACGAGCAGUUGAACAAGCUGGUCCUUAAAACUCAGCCUUAGCCAUACUCCUCAUGAUUCAUUCAUGACUAGAGGUAAGGAUGCUGGGCACAUAGAGAGAAACUGUACAAAGAGUACUGUAUGUUUUUCAUUUAACUCCAGAGAGAUUUAGGAAGUGUAAAUGUAAAUGGCCAGGCCUUGGCUGUUUCCUCAUUCAUAUUUGUAUGUAUUGUAGCAGAUGGGCAAAACAGGAAAGGGUAGAUAAAUAUUUCUUUGGAAAUGACACUGCCAUGGUAUCUAAAGUUAUCCAGUAACCAUAAGAGAACUUGCUCAUUUUUAUUCUUGAGUGUUCAGAAAUUUUCAUUCCUGAAGCUUACCAGAUAUGAAUGCUAAUAUUCCAUUGUUCAGCUUAUUGUAAUGGUAAAUGCUUUAGUGUAUUUGCUAAGAAUUCAUGAUCUGUUCAUGCUGUAUACUCCUUUUUGUUACAAUUUUUUAAGAAAACUAUUUUUGUUAAUGUAAAGUUAAUAUUUCAGAGCAGAAUUUUUAAACUUAUUGCACUAAAUACAAGCUCUGUAAGAAUAAAUAAUGCCUCGAUGGUUUGUUCACUCCAUACAAGAAAAUCUUUUGAAAGAGAGCAGCCCUUCCAGCUAAGCUUGACAAAUGGAUUAAAGAGGGGUGUGUGGAGAAGCAUAUUAUUAAUGCCACCAGGCUUUUAUCCGCAACUGUUUGCUUAUGUGCUUCCUUUCAAAGGAUCAGACCUUUAAACUGCUGCCGAAGGUAAAAAGCAUCCUGUAUUUUUUUAAUUAAUGAGUGCUCUUAACAGUUCCGGUGGUAGCUAACAACUUCUGUUUUCUUUCUAAAAGUCAUUUGAUACUUCAAUUUUUUUCAGACUUCUUGCAAUAAAAAUCAGGAUUAAUAAAAAGGAUUUACUCUUUUCAUAACCCAAACCAAACAGCAUGAAUAAACUGUAGCUGUUUGAGGGGGAAAAACUGGCUUAGGCUCUGAUCCUGCAAACACUUAUGCAGCUGUAUAGCUUUAUUCACAGAAGUAGGUCCUUUGACUUCAACAGGACUGCUUGGGAAAACAAAGUUCUGCACUUGUGUAAGCAGUAACUGGAUCAGGGCUUUAGUCUGGGAUUUUAAUUGGAGCACUGGUUAUGUCUCUCAAUGUAAAUUACAUACAUCUGUCAGGACCUCUAGGAGAUGUUAGAGCAGCCUUAAUUUGUGCACAGAAGGAGUUUCAUCUGCAUAAGUGGCCAAAAGUGCAAUGGCUCAGCUGUAGCUCUGGAAUAUGGACACAAAAUACUUGCAUAAAUCUGUGGGGUUUGGCAGCAAGUUAAAUACUGGCUCAGCAGGAUCAGAGAAUUUGGAUUCUAAAGCUAAGGAAAGGAUUUGUCAUGUAUCUAGCUGCUCCACAGAAGCUGCAGUUUACACCCUGUUUCUGAAGAUAUCAUUUGAUGGGCCCAGGCGGAAGUCUUGGGUUCUGCUCACUUUGAUGACCUACCAUCAGAUUUCUGCCAAGACAAGUUCCACAAGUUUGGAUUCUCUGCUCCCUGGAAGCUGUGGGGAGGAUGCUUUUCCGUUAACUUACAACUGGAACUGUAAUCAGAAACAAAUUUUGUAUUUUUGUAUAUCUUGCCUGUGCACCAUUUUUAUAACAGGGCCUGUUUUACAAAUAAAUUGGUUUUAUUAUCACAGCGUGUAGAAGUUAUGGACAGCACUUUUGUAUGGGUAGCAAUCAUUUUCAAACGUAUCUAUCAUUAUAAAGUUCUUAAUCAAGUCAUGCGUACCCUUCCUUAGUGUAGGUGCAGCAUGCAUAGCUUUUCAGUUACAGAGUAGGGUCAUGCCUUACAGAACUAUCGCACAUGCCCUGGCUGUUCCAAAGCAUUCCUUUCCUAUGCUGGCUUUCCAGUGGCUCUUCAGUGUUUUGGAUGCUCUUUGAAACUUGCAUUUGUGGCAGACUACAAGCUGCCCUCUUCCUUUCUAGUCCCUCCUUUGUGUGUGGAGAGAGAGUGAUAAACAAGUCUCUAGAGAAAGCUGCUUGGAGAGUAAGUUCUGAAAAUGAAAGUAGGAAUAUGAGUUCUCCUGCAGGAGAAUCUGUAUGUGGCAGCUGAGAUGCUGGCCACUGCCAGUGAUAAAGGAUUUAGACACUUCUUAUCCGGUUAUCAAGGCUCAUGUCAGUGCUGCCAUUCCCUGCUGCACUAGGAAAUACUUACUCGUGAGGGGUGGCUGAGAAGGGUAAAGUUGGGGAAGCCAUCUCCUUAGGAUGCCCCUGAAGCUUCACUCUGCCUAAACAAGAAGGGUUAGAGAUUCAGCCAGGUCAGCUUGGAUUUAAAAUCUUAGCCUGGGUGAAUGAGAGCAUAUUUGGAUUGUAGCCCGUUAUGCAACAUAGUCCUUGCUUUGGUCACUUGGGCUUGAAAGACCAGAAGGCUUGUCUGCUACACCUCAGGUGGAGGCCAAGCAGUGUCCAGCUCCUCUUGCCUCUCCCUCUUCUUUGAGGAAAAUGUGCUGGCUGCAGAAAGAACACAUUCAGAGCAGGUCUACAGUACAGGGCAAAGUAGAUGUAUCUUAGGUCCAGUCACCACAGGCUGGGGGUCAAUUGAAGAAACUCUCCUGGUGACUUCCAUUACACUUCUCUUUCCAGUUGAGUACCAGAGUUGAGCGAGAACAAUCAGUAAUCGACUUAUUGGGUCUAGUGAAGACCUGCUAAAUCGACCACCGGGGGAUUGAUCACUGUAACACCAACCCCCAGAAAUUGUAGACAAGCCCUCACUAGAGGAAAUUCUCUUGUUUCUACAUUUCUCUUUCAGCAUAAGGGCACCGAGUGGCAGAGUGUCAGCUCCCCGUUUUCCCUCUGACCUCAGCAUGUGCCAAAGGCAUUCUCACUUUCCCAAGGAGAUCACCUGGCCUGAAUGGAGUGAUUGAAGGUGCUUUCCCACCCUUUAUUCUGAGACCAUCUUCUCUUCCUCACAUUCGUUGCAGUCAUUGCACACACCAUGUCUAGUAGGAGAUACUGCCACUUCCUAGAUCUCAGUGCUGCUCCACAGCUAGGCUCUAAGCCAGUGAUGCAAACAACACAAAAUACAUCCCCUGUCCCUCCUCUUAGUUUGAUUCCUAAAGUUGCACCCAGUGUGCCCCGAGGCAGUGUUGUGUUUUUAUGCACAGCUUUCAUUUGGCUCUGUAGCUCAAGAAAGGCUUGUUUUUAGUGUGACCAAGAAGGGAAGCACCUAACUGGGACUCGCUGCAACCUAGAAAAUUUGGUUACGGCCCCCAUUUGCUCACAGCCAAUCUAGGGCUUCCUCCAGUAGUUUCUGUAUAACCCCCUCCGCUGGCAAUCACUGCCUUUCGAAAGGGCUUUCCCCACAAAGAAGCAACUCCCUUGCAACAAGAUGCCUCUCUCUAUUUAGAAUGUUAGACCAGAGUCCCAGCGGAGUCAAAUGUUUGACCAACUGAUUCGCCAGGACUUGUUUCUUUUUGACGUGCCCUCGUGACAUGCACUUUAAUGGCUUGCUCCGAACAGUUAAAAUGAUUCUAUGAAUGUAUGUUGUGGAUUCAAAGUCAGAUGCCUAUAGCAGACUUUUGUAUAGUAUAUAAUCACCAAACAGUUAUCCUUCUGGUCUUACAUGCAUAUCGUACCUUGUAUUGCGUAGUAGUCCUUGAAGAAGCACUAUGGACCAGAUGAAGAGUGGGUAUCUAACUUGAAGGGCCCAGUUUUGAAAGUCUUGGCCUGUGCUUUUACAGUCACUAUUUUCCUAAAUCUAAGCAUCAGUUUCCUAACUUCUUGGUUGAUCUGGCCCUGAGCUACGUUUAAGGCUGAACGAGGCCUGCAGUUUUUCAAUUUAAUAUUCCCAAACCCAGCUCUAAAAUGAACAAACGUGUCUGAAACACAUUGAAACUCUGCUAACACAGACAUCAGGUGAAGUCACUUUUUAACUGUAUUUUUUAAAACAAUGUAUUCAUGCUUGCUGUUUUCUUAUUACCCUAAAGGACAGAGACAAGUAAGUGUUUCAUAUGCUGUCUACCACCUGUGUUCUCAAGCUGCUUUCCUUUAUGAAGAGAGAGGGUUGGAUUCUCAACAUUUUUGCCUAUAGCCUGGGAUGUGUUAUGAAAAACAUUGAGAACUAUUGAUCUAGCGCAGUGCUACAUUUUAACUUCAACAUGGCAGGAGAAUGCAAUCAAACCAAGACAGUUUUCAGUGAUAUUUGAAAAGAAUUUUCUAUUAACAUUAAGCUAUUUGACUCAAUUUAUUUUUAAACUGAUUUAGUCCCCCUAACAUUCUCUUAAAGAAUGAAAUCGCUUUUGAACAAUUAAAACCCUUUGGGCAAGAUUUCCCCAAAGGGGAAAACAUGCAAAGUAUAAUGCUCUUCAUCUAGCUGGUUUCAAUAGGAAAUUUCAGAGGCGAUUGUCUGGAAUUUCCAUAGCGAAUCAGCCAAAAUCCUGUAAGAAUAGUUGGUAGAAAAUCUAUUUAAAAAAAAAAAAAAA